AUGUCUGACAACAGCGGGUUCGUCCGCCUCAAUCCCGUUUCCCAGGCUCUUGCUGACCGCCUCGUACUCGCUAGAGUCUUCACCGGCUUCCCCAGCCCGUCUCCCAUCACCUACACCACCACCACCAACACCACCAGUGGUGCCAACAACGCCCUCGGUCUCCAGCUGUUUGGCAAUAGCGGUGUUUCCCCCGCCUCCUCUACUCCGUCUACUAUCACCUACACCCUCAUCACCAAUGACGGCAACGCCCUCCUCGGUCACCCGCUUUCUGCCCCGACCCCCUCUCCCACCGGGAGUGGCGACAAGCGCAAACCCAAGCGCAAAUUCAAACGCAAGGCGAGGUCUUCUGCUCACGCCAGCAACACCAGGGGCAUCAAGGCGAGCGGAGCCGAGAAGAAAAGACACCCUGAGAACUACAUUCGUAUGCCCGCCUCAUGCGAGCACUGCAGGCAGCAACGAAAGAAGUGCCAACGAAACAGGCUCGAGGCCUGCAUCCAGUGUACCGACGAUGAUUGCGAGUGCAUAUUUGCCGUCAAGGCAAAGCAGGGCGCGACGAAGACUUCUAGGGAGCUCAUCGCUUUGGAACGUAUGUUCUAUGAGAGAGUCAUUGCCGAAAUGCCGUCUACCCCGUCUCUUGCCUCGACUUCCAGAGCGUCCUCUAUGAGUCCUAUCACCCCCAUCACCCCGACCAGGUCCACCGUCGAGCUCGGCUCCGGUCCCUCCUCUGCUAGCGUCUCUGCCGGCCUCACUUCUGGCUUCGCCACUGCCCACAUCUUCAUGCCCUUCGUCCCACCCACCCAGCUUCUUGUUGCUGUUGGCGCCAACGGCAUACUGAAGGACCAUCGCGUUGUCGAGGCGCAACAGACCUUGUUCGACAAUAAGUCCGAUUCGUGGUGCUCGGCCGUUGCUGCUGCUCCUGCCAGCGAGUCAGUUCUCUACCACCCUCCUACCCCGCGCACCACCCCGGUCAAGCCGACUUACGUGCGCCCUGCCGACGUCUUUCCCGUGAAGGCUCCCCAUUUCUCACUCCACAACGAAUCGAUGCCCUCUGCCCUGCCUUCUAUGGGCGUCUGUCAACCCGAGCUUCUUGCUUUGAUGGGCCAAGGACUUUCUGAGAGCGAGAGGCGCGAGGUUGACGAGCUGGUCAUGGAGUUCAUGGAUUUCGGUGAUGAUAUUGUCGCCGCUCCUCCCGAGGUUCCCUGCGGCAACGCUCUCGCCGCUCUCCUCCCCACUACAGAGACUACACCAGUCAAUCCUGCCGUCGAGAUGUCUGCCAUCAGCGACUCUGCCGACCCCGCCUCUAUCCACUUCUCCUACGCCGACUUCUUGGGGCCCCAGCCCUCCACUUGGUUCGACGCGCCUCAAACUCAGGUCGAGGACGAGAACUUUGGCUGGGGCAUGUGUGGAACGGAGAUGGGCAUGGGUAUCGACGAUAUUGGCUUGUCGGGACCCAUCAAGUCUCCCUUCAACAUCACACCCUUCGGCGAAUCUUUCACCCCGCUCGUUAAUGAGUCGGUUGAAGGGGGUAGUGCGGCAGUGUGGACUUGGGAGUAG